GGGAAUUUUAAUGCUUUACUUGCGAGUUGUUAAAGGCGCUGUAAAUUUUAUUGUAAUGCUUCUUGGCUUCGGAGUAGAUGCAGGCGACCGGUUGCUUCUCGUGGUCUUUUUCCUCUCAAAGAACCUAGUCCAGGAACUUCCAGUGUGUCAGAUCAAAUCCAAGCAACAAAGCUGCGUGAAACUAACUGCAAAGCCGGUGUUGAAGCUCGGAGCCGCACGGCUGUCUUGUCCACAUAUAACAUCAGAGCGCCCCCUGCUGGCCAGCGGAGUAGACCGCUGCAGAACCCUCCUGUGUCACGCCUUCUCCAACCUUCCUCUUUGGGGACGCUCAGGACCGGGAUGGGGACCCCGGGGGAACAGGGAAGGUGCUCUGCUAGGACAAGUCAGAGGCCGCCCGGCUCUUCUGGUGUUUGAAGAAUUGCUGGGAUUAUUUUUGCUAACUGAGGUUCGAAUGUCAUUGUGCAGAGAGGGCCGGAGUGAAUUAGGGCCCCGGGGACCGCGGACACCAGAUGCACCUCCGGGGUUUCAGUGGAGGAAUGAGCAUGUGGAUACCAGGUGCCAAGGCAUUGUUGUGUGGCGGAAGAGAUUCAGAUUUCAUCUGAGAAACUGUUGUCUUUCCAACUCCAUCUUUAGACACAAACGGUCAGCUGAGUGACAUCAUUAAUAGAAGUAUCUAUUUUAGAAGCUCUACUUCUGGAAGUGGAAUUAAAAAGGAGGUGUAACCCAGAGUUUAAGAUACCCACUGAUAAUGAGGGUAUUUGAGUGAUGGUAAUUGGCGAGGAGAAAACCUUAAAGAUCUAUCUAGAGACCAACCCUCACACUCCAGGCAUGUUGCCAGAUAAAGACUAAAAACAGCAUGUGAGAUGGCAAGAAAAAUAUGCUCCUUGGUUUCUUCAUUGCCAUAAAAGCCAUUGGGAAGAACUGAAAGAGAUCUGCCAUUCCUGAAUGGGAACACUGGACUUCUUGUUCUGUGACUGAACACUUUUGCCACCGAGACAUGGAGACAAGGAAUAUCAUCUUCGAUAAGGUGUAGCCCUCCAGUCUAUGGCCACAGUCAGCACAGAAAGUAAGGUUGCAGAAUGGCCAUCCCUUUCAAUUCAAUGCUGCUCUUGGAACCAGAUCAGUCAUUCGACAACAUUGUUUCUUUCUUUUAGACUAAGACAGGAAACCUCUUUAACCUUGAGGAUGACAGUUUCAUCAGCCAUAUGUGCCUGAUUUUUGUACACCCACACACGAUUUGGUCGUACACAAUAAACUCGCAGAAUAUAGCCAUAGCUUCUUGCUUCGAGAAAAGUCUAUCAAUUUCGUGAUUAAAGCCCGUUUAACGUUGGUGUCUUUGUGGGCGGAAUUUUCAAGAUGGCACGAGCCAAUCCACACUGUCAAACUGUGUCAUCCCACACCUGAGACAAGGAGUACAUCACACUGGUUCAGUCAGUGAACAGAUCAGCUAAAAUGGUUGCAGGACUGAACAAAAUUUGACGAAUCUGGCACAACUGAAACAUUGAAGGAGAUUGAAAGUAAGCAGAUGGUACUUAUCUAGGAGACAGGAGUGUUUCCUUUUCUGUAAAAUGGGCAUAUUAAUACUUUGCCCAGAUGGUUUGUAGUAAAGGUUAGAAAUAAUGCGUAUCAAGUAUCCAGCAUGUAGCAGGUACUUAGUAAAUGGUUGCUAUCAUUUAUUAUUAUUAUUAUCGUUAUUUUAAAAUUUCCAGUUACUUUGAAAAAAUUAAGCCAUUAGUUACUGGUCAAUGAAGAUUUGUUUUUAAAGCUCUAAUGCUGUUAGAUUACUCCAAGUUAGAUUCAUCCAAGUUGUUAAGCAGCUUGCAUAGAAAGCCAGUCAUGUGUUUUAGUUUAUUAUUUAUCUGCCUUUACUCUUAAUACCUAACCUUUUAGUUUCAUCUGUUUAGUGAGUUGUUUUUUUAAUAACUGGCUGAUCAGGGCGCCUGGGUGGCGCAGUCGGUUAAGCGUCCGACUUCAGCCAGGUCACUAUCUCGUGGUCCGUGAGUUCGAGCCCCGCAUCAGGCUCUGGG